AUGUUUAUCUUACGCACGCGACGAGUGACUGGAUCUGUUCGCGGCCAAGUCGACCUUGUAACGCACCGCGACGGACCGUUAUGCGUCGGUAAGGCGGUCCUAGCCGACAAAGCGGUGGCCGCUGGCUCGAAUCGUCCGCGUCUCGGCCUCUCCAUUAUCGUCGGGACGGCUGCGGUGGCCGAAAGUCGACAGCGCACCGUACCGAUCCGCGAACGUACCACGCGGCUGCCAGGCGGGAAAGCACUGGCGCACUUCGCGAACUUCGUUACCGGAACGAACGCGACCAAG